UUUAUAAACCGACAGGAAUACUUCAGACGGCUAUAAAAACAGUAUUCGAAUAAUAAAAGAAAAACAUAUGAUUUUAUUGUGAGUUUAGUUUAAGCACAACUAUUACAACGCUGUGCUGAUGCCGUUCUAUUUGUAUGCUACUCGUAAUUUUAAUAGUUAGUAUAGAGGUCGGAUCCAUAAAAAUAUGACAACGACUGUUAUAAAAUAGGUAAAAUUUAAUAUUUAAAUUCAAUUUUUUUCAUGUGAAUAUUUACAUUUAAAAUAUUUUACAUAUAUUUUACAUUUAAUAUAUUUUAAUUAUUCACUCAAUUGUUUUAAAUAACUUCUUCAGUAAUUUAAUUUACUUACAAGCUCACAUCAUUCUGAUAUGUCAACAAUAUUAAAGUAUCCGAAAUCAGUUUGGUAUAUAAUCGGAAAUGAGUUUUGCGAAAGAUUCAGUUAUUAUGGACUUAAAGCUAUAUUGGUUUUAUUUUUUACAACGAUUCAAGAAUAUGACCAUGAUACUUCUACAAUUAUAUUCCAUAUGUUUUUAGUCUGUACCUACUUAUCACCAUUGUUUGGUGCUAUCAUUGCAGAUUCAUACUGGGGGAAAUAUAAAACCAUUUUUAUCUUGUCUAUUGUACAUGCAAUAGGAAAUAUCUUGGUGGCUGUUGCAUCUUUUAUCAUUUCAAUCAGUUUAAAUUUCCAGAGAUUAUUUACGAUAAUUGGUUUACUGUUAACAUCAAUUGGAGCUGGUGGUAUAAAACCAUGCGUCUCUUCUUUUGGCGGUGAUCAAUUUGAAUUACCAGAUCAAGAAGAUCAUCUGCGAAAGUUCUUUUCUGUAUUUUACUUUACCAUCAAUGCGGGGGCCUUGUUAUCAACGUUUAUUACACCAGAACUACGAAAAUCAAUUCAGUGUUUUGGAAAAGAUUCAUGUUUUCCAUUAGCGUUUGGGAUUCCUGCUAUCUUAAUGUUGAUCUCAAUAGUACGCUUUAAAAAGAAAAAUCACAGCUUCUUCAAAUGAACCAAAAAGAAAAGAUUGGUUGGAUUAUGCAGAUAAUAAGUACAAUACACAUGAAAUAUUCGAAUUGAGAGCAGCGUUAGACGUCAUGUAUUUGUUAAUACCAAUACCAUUGUUAUACACACUUUUUGAUC